CUUCCUUCUUUCUUCCUUUCUCUUCCUUUCUCUUUUUUCUUGCUUGCUUCUGCCUUAGCUUCCAUCGUCGGAUGGUUUUGACUUUCAACGGCGUGACUCCCCCCGACCGUAUUCUUGUUCUGUCAUCGCCCAGCCUCCCCUUCCCGGCUGAUUCGCUGUCGACCAUCGACGUCACUGCUGGCUGUCAUCGAGACACCCCCGCUUAUCCUGCAUCCCGGUUCUAUACCACCCACCCACCCACGCCCACGCCCACAUAGCAGAGAAAACACCAAAGGCGACGGGCAAAAUCAAGAAAAUUCGCCAUGUACCGCAGGCGCCAUAUCCUUACCGACUCCGAGUCGGAGUCGGACUAUUCUGAGACCGAUUACUCGAUGGUAGAAACCUCUCCUCGUCGGAGAGUCACGACCCGACGACGCUCCAUCUCCCGCCAGCGGUUCAGCCCUGAGCACAGUAGCAACGCCUAUCUUAGUCCGGUGCUACACGAACACCAUCUUCAUCGCUCUGCAUCCACGGGCGCCCGUCGUCGCCCCGAUCGCAGUCGCGAUCGCAACCAACCUGUCGCCGUCAUUGUCGAUGUCAACAACACCUACGACGCUAAAGCGGAUGCCAAAACCGACGCCAAGACAGAUUCUAGGAACGAUUCGAAGAACGAUUCAAAGAACGAUGCCCGCACCAAAAGUUCCACCAAGAAUCGUAAGCAGGAACACAAGCAGCAGCAGAACUUCAUCGAUCCUUACGAGUCUGAGGAUGAGACCAUGCUGCGGAGCCAUCGUCGCCCACGGGCCAGCAACAAUGUCUCCCGGGAGGCGUCGCCACGGCCACAAGCCCGCGAUUAUGAGCUCAUGAUCGAUCAACGGGUACUUGAGAAAAAUGAUGCACGGCAGGACCUUGAGCUUCUGCGUCAACAGCAGGAGAUUGAGCGUUUGGAGCGCGAGUUGGCUCGCCAUCGCGAGUACUCGCAGCAGCAACUGCAGCAGCAUGAAUAUCGGCCUCACCAUGAGGGUCGAGUACUGAAGGAGGAGGAGGACUGGUAUGAGGAUGAGAUCAGUGAUCGGCUGCGUCGGCUAGAGCGCUUUGAGAAGAAACAGCGUAUGGACGAUGAGCAACGUGAGGCCGAGCAUCGCUACAAGCUGAUCAAGUUCGAAGAAGCCCAGCGUCAGGCUGCGGAGCAAGAGGAACUCAAGCACAAAAUGCGUCAGAAAAAGCUUGAAGAUCUCCAGCGUAAGAUCGAGGAAGAUGAGGAACGCGAGCGCAUCAGACAGGAAAUUCGCGACGAGGAUAUGAGAAGGACACUCGCCGAGCAAGAGCGGGCGCGCAAGGAGGCUCAUAUGAAACAGGCUGCUAUCGAAGAGUGGAAGCUGAACGAGGAGCGGCGGAUGAUUGCUGAACGGGAGGAAAGGAAGAGACGCGACCACGAUUUCAAGGAACGGCUACGGCUUGAAUUCGGCUAUACUGAAGAAGAACUUGACAAGAUCAUCAAGAAGGAAAAAAAAGAUCUUGAAACGAAGAAGGAGCCUGAAAAGCCAAAGGAGGAGAAGCCAAAGGAGCCCGAGAAAGAGAAGGAAAAAGAGAAGGAGCCCGAGAAAGAGAAAGAGAAAGAAAAGGAGAAGGAGAAGGAGAAGGAACCUGAGCCUCCGCGGACCACCUGGAUCAAGGUCCAUCGCAAGCAUCUCCUUCCCGACACCUUGAUCGCCUACCGUCUGCCCUGGGAGUGGGAUGAGGUCGACAGUAGCUAUAUCAUUAUUAAACAAUGGAUCACGGAGGAUUUCCAGGAAGAGCUCUUCGCACAUACGCGGCGUUUACGCGAGGGAAAGCUCGUCACCCAACAUUCGAGCACCCUGACCGAGCUUAAGGUGAACGACCGAAAGAAAGACAAGAUGUAUCUUGUCCGGAAGAAGAGCCCCAGCUCACGCGCCUGGAUCUUCACCUGAUCUAGCGGUUUGAUUAUGCGGGACGAAGUGUGAUACCAACAUAUGCUCGAUUUUGUUUCAAUCGCGAUUCUGUUAUUUUUGCGGUUUUUCGAAGACUGAAACUGUCUCGUGCAACAUAUUGAUAUGCGAUAUGCUUUGAUUUUCUGAUGGAAUUUUCCUUCUCAUGAGUUGGGAUUUGAUGAUUGGGUAACAGUUAUAUACUAUAUGAUACAAUGAUGAUGAUGGUGAUGAUAAUGAUAUGCAACCUGUAUCCGAA